UAUCCGGUUCUGAAACGAUGCCGAGUUUUGGAGAAGCCUCCAUGGAAAAGACUCAUAAAACUUAAUUUUGGGAUAAUAAGACGGUUCCAUGAUGGAUAUUGGAAAGGACAUUAGCAAGAAAAUCAGGUCAGCAAUAAAAGCUAAGCUGAUAGAACUUGGAGCAUAUGUUGAUGAUGAAUUGCCAGACUACAUUAUGGUCAUGGUGGCGAAUAAGAAAAGUCAGGCUCAAAUGACAGAAGAUCUAGGCCUUUUUCUCAGUGCAAACACAGAACAAUUCACAUCAUGGUUAAAUGGGCUUUUGAACAAACUCCAAACAUUGGGAACAGAUAAACAGAAAAGUCAAGAACUUGAGAAAUCAGAGACUGAAAGCAUGAGUCAGCAGCAUGUUGCAAAGAAAAAGAAAACUCCUGAAAAGACAGACAAAUCUAUCUCAGAAAAGACUAUGGUGAAGGAUAAAAACUUGCCAAAAGUGCAAAAAUCUAUUCCUGUCAAAACCAACAAGGUAGUCCAGGAAGCAAAAAAAGUCAAGGGAGAAGAAGAAUAUGUACCGUUACUUCUGGAUAAGUCAGAAAUUGAUGAAUUUAACGAGGAGUUUAAGCCAGAAGAGAGCAAGAGUAAUAAGAAGAGCUCAGAGACUCCUACAGCUGUCACUGGUCAGAUUAAGUCUCCAUCAUCCAAGGUCUCACCUACCUCCAAAACAAGUCCUUCUACAGCAGCCAGUGCUGAGGUUAAACCUACAGUAAAGUCUCCCGAGGACACAACAUACAUCCGGUCAGUUAUGGUCAAGCCUUCAGUGACUAAGAGGCUAGGGUCAGUACAUAGCCGUAUCGGCCAAGUGCCAAAAGCGAUGGCAGUACCAGUGAAAAGGUCUGGAACAGAACCACAGAGACAGGUAUCUCCAGUAAAGAGGAAACAGCCUAUGUCAGUGGUAGGGAAUGUCAAACGCAAGUUCACCGAGUUUGAGGAGGAGGAGGAGUAUGAUCCGUACAAUCCUGCUGUGGGCAGUGUAGCCAGUGUUAUAAGAGUAACAGACCGCAAGUCCAGUGUACCAGCCGGUCUACAGGCCAAUAAAUCUCUACUAGUCAAAGCAGUCAGUGCAGCAGAAAAAUCUGUAUCCUCUAAAAUGCAGCAAAUACUCAACGAAAGGAAAAUGUAUAGUGAGAAAGAGAGUGCUACUGUACAGCCUAUACAGAGGGGAAAUAGAUCCAGCAGUGUGCCAGGGGACACUCAUCCCCACACAGGGAAAAACUCUGGACUUGUCAAGUCUAGGUCCGGAACACAAAAGCCUGUGAACAGAGAGGUAGCUGGCCAGAUGGGCCAAGUGGUUGGGGGAGUCAAAAGUAGGGUUGGGGCACGGUUGGUACCGCACCAGAGUGAAGCCCAUAUGGAUAUGGUCAGCCCCAUGACAGUGACAUUGAGUAGUGGAAUGAAGCCUAAAGCCAAUCUACAGCUGAUGUCCCAGGUAACCAGAGAGAAAAGAAUGUUCAAGGAUCUGAGAUACACAAUUGCAAAUGACAUGGAGAAAGUCAAGAAAGAACCAGAGGUGGCACGAGUUCCCCCAGUAAUGGACAGUCGGCGUGUGCAGUGUGUUCCUAUACAGGACAAGGCCGGAGAAGAUAGCGAGGAAAAGGAAGAAACAUCAGUUAACUCGGAUGAGGAAAUAUAUUUGACGGAUACUAUAGGAAAGGGCGGCAUGGUUUCAGAGGAGGAAGUGGAGGAGUUGGAGAGUAAUUCAGAUGUGAGUGUAGAGGAGAAUAUAGAAGGAAGUGAUAACAUUACAGCUACUGAUGAUAUUCAGCAGGUCCCUGAAGAAGACAUUGACGAUCUUGACCUUGUAGUCGAGGAAGUGGCGUAUUCAGCAGAGCCUGUUGAGAGAAGCCAAUUGGAUAAACGAAGAUUUAUACAACAGAGAACCGAAGUGGAAUCAUCUAGCAAUACAAAAUUUAUAGUGACACUGGAUGGUGUAGACCAUGAUAAGUACGAGAUUGCAAUGGGCAAGUCUGACGAGGAUACUGAAAUGGUUAUACAAAACAUUGCACAACAGUCUAUAGACAUGGUACAGCAGGUGACACCCACUUUCUCAAGCUACUACAAACAAAAGCCAAUCACGCUCCCGAAGGUGAAUCUUGUGGAGAUGAAGAAGCCAGAUAAUAUUGUUCCAGCUAUAGGGCCAAUCUCUAUUAACCUCCGGGAUACAGAUGAUGAAGAAGAGAUGGAAGUUGAUGACGAUAGUCCUCUGAAGAAAGCGAAAAUGACUGAGAGGUGCAGAUUUUGGCCAGCGUGUGUAAACGGGAAUUCCUGCACUUACCAUCACCCUACUGUCCCUUGCAAAAUGUUUCCUCAGUGUAAAUUUGGUGACAGGUGUUUGUUUAUUCAUCCCAACUGUAAGUUUGAUGCGAAAUGUACACGUAAAGAUUGUCCUUAUACCCACGCAAGUAAACGAGGCACGGUAGCCACAACUGUUAUACAAAAAAUUGUGCCAGUAGCUAUCCCUGCACCAGGACCUGCUCCAAUCCGCCCAGCAUACAUGCCAUCUACACCUUCUUCAGUCACCUGUAAAUUCUAUCCAAACUGUAAAAACAUGUCCUGUCCAUUUCCUCAUCCUACACCAUGCAGGUUUGGCAUGUCCUGUAUGAAGAAGAGUCAGUGUGUUUUCUAUCAUCCUGCACUUCCCACCAAAGACAAACUUAAGUGGACCGCAAGUAAGACAUCGGACGACCGUAUAAGUGAAAGAAAAUUCGAGUCAUCAGCCGUAGACAAACACAUGUCCUCAAAGAUAACAUAGCCAUUGCCGUGGAGAUUUGUUUUAUUUUACAAUGGAAAGGAAGGAAUAUAUUGAAGAAUUUCAUGUUCAAACUCGUAUGGAGGCAGCUGUGGGUGGAAUUUCCAGGCAUUGCUUCAUCAUUUUGAACUGUAGACGGUGACUGUAUGUGGCUGUGUUCGUGUGGAGAACAAUAUGAUUGUGUAAUUACUACAGUAGUAUUUUGUCACAAAAGAUUGAGCACAAUUGUUGUGAUGCCCAUUCUACUAUUUUUUGUGAUGAAAAAGUAUCAUGUUUAGCUGAGCUUCGAACUUUUGAAGGCAUUUCGUUAUAUCUCGACUAAAUUGUUUUCUUCAGAUAAACUGUGAUACUGACAUAUGGAUAUUGGUCGUGCGGUAUAUAUUCCUGUAUUUUGUGAAAUAUCUUUUUAUCUUCCUUGUAAAAAAAGGUAACUCACCAUGACGACCAAAAGUAUCACAACCAUAGGGAUGUUUAUCAUGAGGAUAUAACCUCGAAUAAUCAUUACAUUGUGGAGUCUUUGUUUGCAGAAUAGCUCGUCACAUCAGCAUUGUAGGUUGCUUAAUGUUUUCCUCACUCUUUGAUAACUUCAUUAAAAUGGUACCAUGUAAAUGUACAGUUACCUGCUUUACAAAUACCCUAGUCCAGUUAUCGCAUAUGCUACUUUUGUUUUUCUACUGGUAGAACCAGAAAGCCUAUUUUUCUAUAGGAAUGGAUAUCACACAACGUUUAUCCAUAUAGAUCUAAUUUUCGAUUCAGCGACCAUGUUCUGGAUUGUAUUCACGAAAAAGAAUACCGGUUAAACAAAGUUAUAUAUAAGCUGUGUAUAAACAUUGUAACAUUUUUGUUUACCUGACUUGGCUUGUCAUGUCAAGAGUCGUUGAUGCGAAAGAUGGUUAGUGUUUUGUACUUUGCUGGUGUAUCCAUUUCAAUAUCUUUUUCUUCGCUCAUAUUUUGCUUAAAAGAUGCAAUUUGAGUUUGAUUACAUUGUGGUAUUUUAUUGUUUUACAAGUCUGGGAUGAAUUGUUUCAGAUGCAUGAUUCAUCAGGUCUGUUUUACUGUGACAAAUAUGAAUCGCUUUAUAUACCCGGAUCAAGAGUUAGGAGAUCCCAGGUAUGCUGGAUUCCAUAACAGUUUUCAGUGUGGUCAAUAUCUAUCUACCACACGGAAUCACAUAACUCAUGAUUAUGUCAUAAUUUGCAUUCAGGGCAAAAUCCGUUGAAAAUGUGUUUUGUGUUUGGAAAAGUCUUAAAUGUGAUUUCCAUAAUGUCAAUGCAUUUUAUGAUUUUUUUUUAAAGAAUAUACUGGUAAGUCUAAUAAUGUAUCAUUUUAUUUUAGCCCGCUGUCGGUUGAUGGUUGGCUAUUCAAAUUGCUUACGCCUGUCGUCCGUCCGUGAAUAAUCAUUGUUAUCGCUAUUUCUUUAAAAGUACUGGAGGGAUAUUCCCCAAACUUCACAUGCAGGUUCCUGGUUCCUAGUUGUGCCAAUUCAAGUCUGAUCGGUAAAACAAAAUGGGCGACAAGCAGCCAUCUGGGAUUUUGACAACUAAUAUUUGUUGUUGAUUCCUUUCUGAAAGUUCUUUUUUUUUUUAUCUUUAUUUGACUGCAUAUGUUGGUUCCAUCUGUUAUCAAAUAAUUUAGCGAUUUAGAGGAAAAGAGGAAAGUAGACAAAAGAUCGGAUGGACUGACAUAGAUCAUUCUAUGGUGUGAGCCAAUGUCCCUCUGGGAUUUCUUGUUAAGACAUUCGUUCAGUUAUUUAUGUAUGCGAGUUCAGUAUGCAAGAAUCGUGAGACUGAUUUAAUUCUGCAUUGAAAUACAAACUGUAAACUGUUUAAUAAGUUUUAAAAGGUAUUUCCCAUCGUUCUGUCAUCUCGUUGUGUCUGUAAUGUUGCAACAGUGAAUGUGAAAAGCUAUUGUAUUUUUUCGUCGAUACGGAGAUCACUUUAGUUUAUAUGUUUUAGGAAAAGACAGUUUAUACCUGAAAAAAAUAAGAAUAUGUGAUUUUAAAAG